AGUUGGAGGGGCGGGCACGCGUCAAAGGAGGCCAGACAGACUGAGGCAAAGGAGCAGCAGAGCGCCGGGCGACUCAACCCGCUCCCCCCUUCUCGGGGGCCCUCGGCUCAGAACUACAAGGCCCAGCAGGCAGCGGCAGGGGGAGGAGGAGGAGGUGGGACCAGCGUGGGGUGGGAGUGCGAGAAGGAGCCCUCGCGCCUUGCCGGCGCAUAGCGCUCGGAGCGCUCCUGCGGGCACUGGCGCGGCGGCCUCGGCUGUGGCUGCGGCGCGGCGCGGGAGCCCGAAGUCUUGUCCAGCCGCAGCGCGCGGAGGAGCCCGGGCUGUGCCCAGAGCUGGGCGGCGACGUCCGGACAGCCCCGAGACUCCGCUUAGCGCAUUGCGGCGACCUCGCCUUCCCCGGCCGAGAGCGCGCGCCGCAGCUGGAAGAGCGGCGGAGCCCGAGGACUUUUCUCCGGUCCGAGGGGCGCCCCGCCGGGCGCAGGGGACCAGGGCGGCAGUCGGGCACGCCGCGGCGCCGGGGCCCCCGCCAGGCGAUGGAGCCCGGGCUGCCAGAAGCUUGAGGGCCGCCGCCCGGUGCUGGAGAGGGGGGGGCCACAGGGUCUGGAGACCCCGGGCGGCGGACAGGAGCCCUCCCCCCGCCCCGCCUCCAGGGCACCAGCUUCGGCUCCAUUGUUCCCGCCCGGGCUGGAGGCGCCGAGCCCCGAGCGCCACCGGGAGUCGAGCGCCGGCCGCGGGAGCUCCUGCGGCCCCGCCAGGACCCGAGCGGAGCCCGGGGGCGGCGGGCCGGAGCCAGGGACGCGGACGCCCGCCCGCCCGCACGAGCCACGGCGGACUCUCCAGAGGCGGAACCGCAGCGCCGAGUGAGAGUCAGCUUGCAAAGGAGGAUCAAGCCCACGGCGGAGUCUCCAUGGAGGUGUGGAGCUUGGUCACCAACCUCUAACCGCAGAACUGGGAUGUGGAGCCGGAAGUGUCUCCUCUUCUGGGCCGUGCUGGUCACAGCCACGCUCUGCACUGCCAAGCCGGCCCCGACCUUGCCGGAGCAAGCCCAGCCCUGGGGAGCCCCUGUGGAAGUGGAGUCCCUCCUGGUCCACCCCGGUGACCUGCUGCAGCUCCGCUGUCGGCUGCGGGACGAUGUUCAGAGCAUCAACUGGCUGCGGGACGGGGUGCAGCUGGCGGACAGCAACCGCACGCGCAUCACUGGGGAGGAGGUGGAGGUUCGGGGCUCCGUGCCCGCCGACUCAGGCCUCUACGCCUGCGUGACCAGCAGCCCCUCCGGCAGUGACACCACCUACUUCUCUGUCAACGUCUCAGAUGCGCUCCCCUCGUCGGAGGAUGACGAUGACGACGAUGACUCCUCUUCCGAGGAGAAGGAAACAGAUAACACCAAACCAAACCGUAUGCCCGUGGCUCCGUACUGGACGUCACCAGAAAAGAUGGAAAAGAAACUGCACGCGGUGCCAGCUGCCAAGACAGUGAAGUUCAAAUGCCCUUCCAGUGGGACCCCGAACCCCACGCUGCGCUGGCUGAAAAACGGCAAAGAAUUCAAGCCUGACCACAGGAUCGGAGGCUACAAGGUCCGUUAUGCCACCUGGAGCAUCAUUAUGGACUCCGUGGUGCCUUCGGAUAAGGGCAACUACACCUGCAUCGUGGAGAACGAAUACGGCAGCAUCAACCAUACCUACCAGCUCGAUGUCGUGGAGCGGUCCCCUCACCGGCCCAUCCUGCAGGCGGGCUUGCCGGCCAACAAGACGGUGGCCCUGGGCAGCAAUGUGGAGUUCAUGUGCAAGGUGUACAGUGACCCGCAGCCCCACAUCCAGUGGCUGAAGCACAUCGAGGUGAACGGGAGUAAGAUUGGGCCGGACAACCUGCCUUAUGUCCAGAUCUUGAAGACGGCCGGAGUUAACACCACCGACAAAGAGAUGGAGGUGCUGCACUUAAGGAAUGUCUCCUUUGAGGACGCGGGGGAGUAUACAUGCUUGGCGGGUAACUCUAUCGGACUCUCCCAUCACUCUGCAUGGCUGACCGUUCUGGAAGCCCUGGAAGAGAGACCAGCGGUGAUGACCUCGCCGCUGUACCUGGAGAUCAUCAUCUACUGCACGGGGGCCUUCCUCAUCUCCUGCAUGGUGGGCUCUGUCAUCAUCUACAAGAUGAAGAGCGGCACGAAGAAGAGCGACUUCCACAGCCAGAUGGCCGUGCACAAGCUGGCCAAGAGCAUCCCUCUGCGCAGACAGGUGUCAGCCGACUCCAGCGCGUCCAUGAACUCCGGGGUCUUGCUGGUUCGGCCCUCGCGUCUCUCCUCCAGCGGCACCCCUAUGCUGGCCGGGGUAUCUGAAUAUGAGCUUCCUGAAGACCCUCGCUGGGAGCUGCCUCGGGACAGACUGGUUUUAGGCAAGCCACUGGGAGAGGGCUGCUUUGGGCAGGUGGUGUUGGCGGAGGCCAUCGGGCUGGACAAGGACAAACCCAACCGUGUGACCAAAGUGGCCGUGAAGAUGCUAAAGGCGGAUGCAACAGAGAAAGACCUGUCAGACCUGAUCUCUGAGAUGGAGAUGAUGAAGAUGAUUGGGAAACACAAGAACAUCAUCAACCUGCUGGGGGCCUGCACACAGGACGGUCCCCUGUACGUCAUCGUGGAGUAUGCCUCCAAGGGCAACCUCCGAGAGUACCUGCAGGCCCGGAGGCCGCCAGGGCUGGAGUACUGCUACAACCCCAGCCACCACCCCGAGGAGCAGCUCUCCUCCAAGGACCUGGUGUCCUGUGCCUACCAGGUGGCCCGAGGCAUGGAGUAUCUUGCCUCCAAGAAGUGCAUCCACCGGGACCUGGCCGCCAGGAACGUCCUGGUGACUGAGGACAACGUGAUGAAGAUCGCGGACUUCGGUCUUGCUCGAGACAUCCACCACAUCGACUACUAUAAAAAGACAACCAAUGGCCGACUGCCUGUCAAGUGGAUGGCACCGGAGGCCUUGUUUGACCGGAUCUACACCCACCAGAGCGACGUGUGGUCUUUUGGGGUACUCCUCUGGGAAAUCUUCACUCUGGGCGGCUCCCCAUACCCUGGGGUCCCCGUGGAGGAGCUUUUCAAGCUGCUGAAGGAGGGUCAUCGUAUGGACAAGCCCAGUAACUGCACCAACGAGCUCUACAUGAUGAUGAGAGACUGCUGGCACGCAGUCCCCUCUCAGAGACCCACCUUCAAGCAGCUGGUGGAAGACCUCGACCGCAUCGUGGCCUUGACCUCCAACCAGGAGUACCUGGACCUGUCAAUGCCCCUGGACCAAUACUCCCCCAGCUUCCCCGACACCCGCAGCUCCACCUGCUCCUCCGGGGAGGAUUCCGUCUUCUCUCACGAGCCCUUGCCCGAGGAACCCUGCCUGCCCCGACACCCGGCCCAGCUGGCCAACGGCGGACUCAAACGGCGCUGACUGGCCCCCAUACCCCGCACCCCUCCCCGGACUCCAUCCUCAACUGUGGCUCCGCCCCUCCUCCCGCUGGACUCGCUGCCUCCCCUGCGCUCUGCUGGCCGGCCUCCCUGAGGCCCGCACGCCCGAGCUCCCCUCCUCUCCUCCUCACAGCCUGACAGAGGAGCAGGGAGGCCGGUCCUUGCUGACGGCUACUACGUGGCCUGCCAAACGUUGGACCAAGACCCUGUCCCUGCCGCCUGGAGGGUCGGGCAGUGGGGGCCGAGCCGCCCUCGAGCGAGAGCCGACUUAGCUUUCCUGCAUUGGUUUUGCCUGCUCUGCGCAGCCCAUGUGCCCGUGUUUUGGUGGCAGGUCCUCGGGCUACAGCGGGAGUUGGGUGUAGAGGUGGUCAGCGCUCGGGCCUCCGCAGAAGGCGACCUCUGUUCCAGAUGGAUAGUGCCAGUGGCUUAUUUGAUUCCGAUACUGAUUUGCUUUGAUGACCAAAUACCUGGUACCCGAGGGUGGGGACGCAGAGGCCAGGAGCCGGCGGUGUGGCCCUGGGGCCCAGCCCCAAAGCAGGGGCUCUGUACAUAGCUACGAAGAAAACACAAAGUGUAUAAAUCUGAGUAUAUAUUUACAUGUCUUUUUAAAAGGGUCGUUACCAGAGAUUUACCCAUUGGGUAAGAUGCUCCUGGUGGUUGGGAGGCAUCAGUUGCUAUAUAUUAAAAAAAAAAAAAAAGUUUUUAAAAAGGUCAUAUAUUUUUUGCUACUUUUGCUGUUUUAUUUUUUUAAAUUAUGUUCUAAACCUAUUUUCAGUUUAGGUCCCUCAAUAAAAAUUGCUGCUGCUUCAAUUUUA